AUGAAUGAAGAGGACUUCAGCAAGGCGGAAAUUGACGCCAUUGAGGCGGCCUGCAAACGGAUUGAAAAUAUGAUGAAGAGGCCUGACCAGCUUGAAAGAGUUGAACAAAUCAGGAGAAGAGAGGCACGGAAGAAGGCCUCCGUUGAAGCCAGAUUGAAGACAGCCAUGCAGUCCCAACUGGACGGAGUGCGGACAGGACUGACCCAGCUACAGAGCGCCCUCGCUGGCAUACGAGAGGUCAGAACCUGGAUUCAGGAAGUCGACGGCAAGUAUCGGGAGUGCGCCGAGCUGUCGUCCAAGCUGGGGGAGGUCAAGGAGGUCGCGCAGCAGCACAGCCAGUUGGCCGCGGCUGUCGAGAAUCUGAAGCAUAUCUUCACCGUGCCGGAGAACAUCGUCAAGACGGAGAAAUACAUCAACGAAGAGAGACUGCUAGCUGCCCACAAGGGCCUGAUGGAACUCGAGAGUUCAAGAGAUGAUCUUCUUUAUGAGCUUCAUAAACAUCCCUCCGACAACCCCACAGAUGAUCAUCUCUUGAAACAAUACUUCUCUGAAGUUGAAAGACUCUCUGAGAUGCUGUUUAGACAGUUGAAGCUUGCCAUGCACCGAGUCCUGAACGCAGCCCGGGAAAACCCAGCGAUGGUUGUCACGGCGCUACGCAUCAUCGAACGAGAAGAGAGAAUUGACAAGAAGAUGUUAGAUCGAGAAAAGAUGGCGGGUUUCAAGGCUCCUGGCCGGCCCAAGGAAUGGAAGAGAAAGUGCAUGGAAGAACUCAAGCAUCUAGCGCUCGUACGGAUUGAAGGAAGUCAGUUGGAGGAUCGCACCAUCGACAAAAUGUGGCUGGUCCGCCAUCUUGAACUCAUCCGCCAAAAUAUGGUCGGCGACCUCAAGGUUAUCAAGUUUUUGCUUGUGCCGUGCUUCCCGCCACGCUACAACAUCUUCGACCAUUUCGUCGGCAUGUACCAGGAAUGCCUCAAUUCUCACUUGCAAGACAUGAUAUACGAGGAGUUGGAGCCAAACGAAAUCAUCUCACUCUUAACUUGGCUGAAUGAAUAUAGAGGACCAAUGAUGAUGAGCCACAUUGAGCUAGGUAUUGACAUCAAAAAGCUGCCACCUUUGCUGCCGCCGAGAAUUGUCGAGGACCUCCAGCAACAGUAUCUGAAAACUCUUCACACCAACAUCCAGAAGUGGAUGAGCAAUGCCCUGCAAUCAGAUGUCAAGGAUUGGCAUAGCGACGCGGAGCCGGACGCGGACGGGGAAGGUUACUUCCGUACCCAGCUACCGGUCAUCAUCUUCCAGAUGAUAGAACAAAAUCUGCAAGUUUCGAAUCAGAUCAGCACGGACCUGACCACCAAAGUCGUCUUGCUUUGCAUCGAAGAACUCCAGCUUUUCAUCGACACUUACAAGGGUGCCAUUCAGUCCUACAAACUCAAGCAUCAGGCCGACCGAAGCCAGCCACGAAAUUACUUCCAGUACAUGGUUGCCGUGGUCAACAACUUCAUGUUGUUCAUCGAAUUCACCAAACAACUGGAGAAGCGACAUCUGAACCUUCCGGAAGACGAGGCCAGCUCCACAACCUUCGUCCAAAACCUGGUGGAUUCCUUCCAUAGACUCAGCAUGGACUGUAUGGGCGAUCUGAUCGGCGAGAUGUUCAUGGAUCUGCAACCUCAUUUUCAUCAGCUUAUCUCAAGAACUUGGCUUCAGGUGCAGGCCUCGGCAGCUAUUGACACCGUCUGCGUGACUAUUGAGGACUACUACCGCGACUUCCUGCAUCUCAAGAAAAACUUCUUUGAGCCAUUGGUGAGGCAAUUGGAAACAAAGGUGGUGGCCGAGUACAUCAAGGCCUUGGUGGAAAAGCGAAUGACAUUCCGAAGCUACGAAGAGCGUAAGACAGCAGCAGACAGAAUAGUGAAGGAAUCGGAGCAGAUCGAGGCGCUCUUUGAACGCAUCCUGAAAAGAGAGGAGAGAUCUCCAUGCGAAGUAAUCCCAAUGCUCGCCGAAGUCAUCAAACUCAUGGACACGUCGCUGCUCUCCUUGGAGAUCUCGACGCUCGUCAACAAGUACGCGGACAUCCGCACGGAUCACCUCGUCAACUUGCUCGUCAUGAGAGGCGACAUGUCGGUCUCCAACGCACGGCAGGCCAUAGAAGACGUUUUGGGCGAGGACAGUUCAAGAAAGAAGACUCCUAGAACUAUCUUUUCACUUGUAAAGUAACUAGGCGUCGGUGUCUCUGUACGCAACUCCAGUGAUUUGAAUAUAACUCCAGUUGCAUUUGUUCAACAAAAAUGCCCCAAAACUUGAAACUGAAGACACAGUCUGGAAUUGAGGUCAAAUUCUUGAAUUGGGAUGUUUAAGAUUUGAAAGAAACGUUUAGAUAACCAGAAACAUGAAUAUAAGAAUGCAUGAUGUAAACCGAUAAAUAUCCAAAAAAAAUUAACUAUUAUUUUCAUAAACAAUUUCGGCUAAUCUAGGAAAUAACCAAUGUGCAAUACAUGUAUUUAGUUUGUAUUUUUUAUUUUCAUUUUUCUCUUUUGUAAAACAUGACUACUAAGAAAUAAUUAUGGACCCUGUGCUUGAUAACAUAGUCAUUGCAAGCAGUGUAGUUAAAAAUGUGAAGAUUUUUAACAGUUGAAUUUACAAAGAGCAAAGCUAAAAUUAGCAGGUUUUUAUCAAUAUUGCUGUUAUAUACUUACUAUCGGGCUGUUAUUCUAAAAAAAUCUAGACAUUGUUUACCUUCUAAACAAAUGUCAAAAUUCAUAAUCAUGUAAAUAAAUGACUCUGCAUUCAUAUAGGCCUAUCUAGUUAACCUGUAUAUCAAAAAAAUAAAUACAACUACAGGGUUUCUAAAAAAACCACGAACCCUUAAAGCGCCCUCUUUUUCACGGCUUUUAAAAAAAAAUCGCAAAUGUCAAUACAUAUUUAGAGAGUAUAGUCCAUUAGCUUUUCAGCAUCGGCUUAAUAUUUAUUGAGUUAUGGCCAAUUCAAAAUAAGUGCCAAUUUUUUCAAUCUGUCCACGGUUUCAAUUGUCAUUUGUUAGAAAUGUAAUAGAUUUGGGGUGAGGGUAGUUUUGUUUUCUUUCAUAUUAUAAUGUUUCUUUAUUUGGUUCAGUUUAUUGUUAUUUUUUUUGCAACAAUGGUCAUUUAUCCUUUUGGAAGUAAUGGCAGUCCUGAAAAGAACUGUUUGAUUAACUUCUUAGAUGUUUACUUUAGUUUCGGCCCGUGUUCUUAUUGCGGCAGUCAAAAAUAUCAGUCGCCGUGGACAAAAUGAAGCAGCGGUACUUGUUUUCAAUUGGCCAUAACUCAAUAAAUAUUAACCUGAUUGGAAAGAUGUUUUCGUAGUUAAAAAGCUAAUGGACUAUACUCUAUAAAUAUGUAUAGAUAUUUGCGAUGUAUUUUUUUUAAACUGUGAAAAAGAGGGCUUUUUGAGGGUUCGUUGAUUUUUUUAGACACCCAGUGUGUUAAUCGUGAAAUAAAUUCACAAAAGGACAUUUGA